AUGGCUUUCGGAGUGCCAAUAUCAGUCUAUCUUUUAUUCAAAGCAAUGACAGCAUUGACUGAAGAGGCAGCCGUGACUGGAACACCUUCAAACACAACCCAGCAAAGUAACUGGACAGUUAACCAAACAGAAGCUGACUACACAGAAGGGCCCAUAGCCUUGAAGUUCUCACAUCCUUGCCUGGAAGACCACAAUAGUUACUGCAUCAAUGGUGUUUGUGCAUUCCACCAUGAGCUGGAAAAAGCCAUCUGCAGGUGUUUUACUGGUUAUACUGGAGAAAGGUGUCUAAAAUUGAAAUCACCUUACAUCUGUUCUGGAGGAAGACCACUGUGAGGCCUUCGUAAGAAAUUUUCGUGAGGCGUGUAUAAAAAUCAGUGGGCCCCAAAUCGAAAUCUUCCAGUGAAACAACAAAACUUCCCAAGCUGACUGGACUCGAAAAUAAAGGAAGUUGGGAUCGUGAUGAAAUGAGAGAAUAAACUUCAACGUUGGUCUUCAGACUUUGCCAUCGUUAGGGUGCCAUGGGAAUCAAGUGAACAAGCUACUGUGACAGAAGUCAAGUUCAUAGUCCUACUCUGGGUUUGUUGCUGUUGUUGUGUGGUUAUUGUUCUUACUGCAGAAAGACUGAGCUUCAUGCUUCUGACCACGUCAGAUGUGAAUUUUCACGGGAAUAAUUACCAACCUUGCAGCAAGCCAAAGCAAUGCCAAGCUUGGGUUCUUCACGUGCUGGCUACCACCGGCCGUUUAGAUCACUGCGCUACGGACCUAGUCUCAAACAUGCUGCUUUCAUGGUGUCUAAUGCUAGGAUGAGGUCAGUGUUAUGGCAC